UCUUCUACUGCCUUGGAAAGUGUUUUUAUCCUCCUCCUUGAUAGAGCCAGCGACGAGCUGAAACCUAACACCAUCACCAGUCCACCGCCACCACCUUCUUCUUCUCUAAAACUAAAAGCAAUACCAGCUUUUUCAGUCAUAGAGAAGAGGAAUUUCGAUGAAAAUGGCUGACUAGAAAGGGACUUGUUCUCGUAUUUGCUAGGUUCAACUUUGGAAAGGAACAGCCACUCAGUGAUACACGGAAGUGUUUCUUUUGGAGAGGGUUUUGCUGAUUGUCUUUGGGUUGGCUGGUCAGUUAUUCUCAAAUAUCAUUUUUAGCAACAUUCAAGGUUCCAGAGGUAUGACCAGAAUUAGUCCGAAAAAGGAAAAGCAUGAGAAUGGGAAUGAGGGCACUUCAGCCCGAACAAGACCUUUCACAUUCGAGGAGAUUAUGCUGAGAAGGAGAAAGAAUAAAUCAAGUUCAGAAGCGGAAGCUGAAGAGUCAGAGAAUCUUUUGGUGAAGGAAAAUGAUGUAACAAUUCCAAAUCAUUCUGAACUCGGUGAAGCUCAUGAAAAAAUCAAGACUAAAGCUUCAGACGAUAGUGAGAAGAUCAGUUCCACAAGGGAACAUGAGAGUACCUCUGUGGAGGAGGACCAGUUAGGUAGAAAAGAUAAUGUAAAUUUUGAUGCUAAAAGCUACUUAGUGGCGGAGAAACUAGACAAAGAGGUCAGUGAGAGGACUAAAGAGGAGAAGAGUGAAAUAGGUAGUCGUGUCAGUAGUAGAAAUGAGGAAGUUACAGCUGAGUUAGAAAAUAAAACUGAGAAAGAUACGACAAGUAGAGUUGAAGGGGAUAAGAAGGAAAAACAUAGUCAUCACCGAAGCAGAAAUGAGGAGAGAUUAAAAGAUAACUUGGAGAAUGAGCCUGACAAAGUUACAAAAAGUACAGGUAAAAGGGAUAAAAAUGAAAAAUCUCGUCAUUACAGAAUCAGAAACGAGGAGAUAUCAAGAGAUGACAUGGAGGUUGAAUCUAACAAAGAAUUAAGAAAUGGAGCUAAAGGGGACAAAAAUAAAACACAAUGUCACCGUGGAAGUAGAAAAGAGGAGAGAUCAACUGAUGUUUCAGAGAAUAAACCUGAUAAAGAUAUGGAAAGUAAAGCUAAAGCGGAUAGAAAUGAUAAAUCGAGUCAUUCCAAAAGCAGAAAUGAUGAGAUAUCAAGAGCUGACGUUGAAGUUCAACCAGAGAAGAGCUCUCGGAGAAAGGAGACAUCUUCAGGCACAGAAAAGAGGAAAUCUGACACUGAAACUAAAAGAAAGCAACGCCCAGGUGGUGAUGAGAAGGAUAGUUCUGAGGUAGACGGGAAUGCUGUAAAGAAACACGAUUCGGGAAAAAGAUAUGACUCAGAAACUGUGGGAAGAAAAGGUAGAAGGGAGUCAUCUCCAUCUCACUAUGAUGAAGAGAGGCCAAAAAGAAGAAGGUCAAGGAGUCGUGAAAAAAGGGAUAAAGAUAGGAUGUCAAUUUCUGAUUUGCCUAGGGCUCACAAGCGUACUUCUUAUCAGGAGCGGGAGCAUGAGUCAUCUAGGAAGUCGUAUCCUGAUUCUGAUAAGAAUAAAAUGUCAAGCAAUAGUGGGUAUGGAAGUAGUCAUUAUCAUCGUCAUGGUGGGCAUGAAAGUAGGCUUGGUGGCUAUUCCCCUAGGAAGAGAAGAACGGACUCUGCUGUUAAGACGCCUUCUCCUACUGCCCGUUCUCCAGAGAGGAAAAGUGCUGGUUGGGAUCUCCCAUCUACAGGAACUGACAUAAGCUCUGCUGGUUCCAUGGUCUCAAACAUACAAAACUCUGAUCAAAUCUUAUCCUCCAGUGUAAAUGAGGUGCCUGCUGUUCUUGUUAAAUCAAAUUCAGCAACGAAAAAAGCUGUAUCUUCUGGGUCUUCCUCAAGCACCCUAUCAGCGUCAAAGAAUUCCACUGCUGAUAACGUUCAACCAACAUCUCCAAGGAGAAGGCUCCUUGUGGAGAAUGUACCAACUUCAGCCUCUGAUAAAUAUGUAAUGGAGUGUUUCAAUAACUUCUUUCUGUCAUCAGAUGCUUAUCACAUUCAAGGAACCCUGCCAUGCAUUCACUGUUCUAUGAAUAAAGAGAAGCGGCAAGCUCUUGUGGAAUUUCUUACACCAGAAGAUGCCACAACAGCCCUCUCUUUUGAUGGUAGACUCUUCUCUGGAUCUAUUCUCAAAGUUAGACGCCCGAAGGACUUCGCGGAAUCAGCAACUGGUGUCUCACAGAAGCCAAUGGCAGUUGUUGAUGAAAUGUCUGACGUCGUAAAGGACUCACCAAACAAGAUAUUUGUUGGUGGAAUUGCGAAGGUUCUUUCAUCUGAUAUGGUAAAGGAGAUUGCUAGUGCCUUUGGAGCAUUGAGAGCUUAUCAUUUUGAGGUUAAUGAAUCUGCCAGUGAAGCAUGUGCUUUUUUAGAGUAUGUGGACAAGACAAUUACUCUCAAAGCAUGUGCUGGAUUAAAUGGGAUGAAGUUAGGAGGGGAAGUCUUAACUGUUGUCCAAGCUACUCCUGAUGCAUCUAUUGAUGGGGACAUUGAAGAGCCACCACAUUAUGCGAUUCCUGAGCAUGCAAAGCCUCUACUUUCGAAGGCCACAAAAGUUCUGAAGCUACAAAAUGUGUUGAAUGAGGAGGAACUAUCAACUCUAUCGGGACAAGAAGUGGAAGAAGUGUUGGAAGAUGUACGCUUGGAGUGUGCAAGGUAUGGCACCGUAAAAUCUAUUAAUAUUGUAAGGAAUGUUAACAGGCCCACCGCAGCUCCUGGUGAAAUCAUCAAUCUGGCUAGUCUGGUGAGUUCUUCACCUCAAAUAGAGGAUAGAUGUAGCCUGAAGAAAGUGGAGCCCACAGGUGUAGAAGUUGAUCCGAACUUUGGAGAAACUAGUGGACCAGCGGCUCUAGGUGAUGUCAGAGAAACCCUAGUAGAUGGGGCAGAUGCAGCAAAUUGUAGUCCUUGCCAUGCCGAAAAUGAGGAAGAUAAUCUGGAUACUAUUGUUCCUACAAGUGACCUUGGCUGUGAUACAGUAUUUCAAAAAUCCCCCUCCCAACUAGAUAAAAGCAAAAAUCAAUUUUCGCAAACUAUUAACAGUAGUGAUGAUUUUCCUUUGCGUAGCAACUCUUGCACUGAAAACAGUACAGCCGUUGAGGAGGAAGAAAUGAAACUAGAAGAAGCAGGCCUUGAAUUGCAGGAAGCUUUGAUAGCAUUGAAUGAUACUUCUUGUGCAAAGGAUUCAACUACCCAAGACAAUAACAAAAACAUCGACAUGACUGAUGAUUUUGAAGUAGGGUGCAUUCUUGUGGAGUAUGCAAGAACAGAAACCUCGUUUGUAGCAGCACACUGCCUACAUGGACGACUCUAUGGGGAUAAAACUGUGGCAGUGGGCUAUGUUGACCAUGACCAGUACAUGUCUAGAUUCCCCAAAUGAGGAUUUGUAGAUAGUGGUUUUUUAUUUGGUCUAGUGGCUUGUCAUACAUAGCGUUAAAUUUAGUAGAUGCCAUUUUUGGAUAGUUGUACUCUUGUAAACGACGGUCUCACAUUUUCGAAGUCUUCCAGAUUUCAAAGAAGGAUGGUAUUUGGGUACUCCACUCUUCUUUGACAAAUAUUGUAAAAAUGCAGCCAUGGAUGGAAUAACUGAAACAUGAGGAAGAAGCCGAAGCAAAGAAGCAGGAUUAUGUUAUCGUUCCUUUUUAUGUGCAAGUGAGUUGUUGCAGGUAAUCUGAAAGUUGUUUAUGCUUCUUGAUUAGUUGCUGAAAUUUGGAGCUCCUGAAACUCUGUUAUCGGACUAGAGUCACUAAACAGCUAGUUGCUCUUUUAGUAUUUGGUCUUAAAGGUCUUACUGAGGUUAGCAUUUUGCCAAGUUAGUUUUUAAUUUGAGGAUCUUACUUUGUUGUUAUGUUAUGUGUUCAUAAAGUGAGAAAAAUAGCAUACUGCAUCUCGACUUGUGAAUCUAGAAGGGCCAUAAUUUAGUAUAUGCAGUAAAAAUGCGAAUAAUACAUCAUGAAAAUGCUUUCUUCUCAUGUUCA